GUUUGCUGUACCUUAUGAUAUGUAUUCCAUGGUUUUUUUAUUUCAGAUAUCUCAUAUUUUUUGACGAUGGUUACGCCCAAUAUGUGAACCAUAACCAGGUUCGUCUCGUUUUCGAAUCAUCCAAAUUUGUGUGGGAAGACGUGCAUAUUGACUCGCGACCCUUUAUUAAAAAAUAUCUUGAAUCGUACCCUGACAGGCCCAUGGUUAAAUUGCGAAAGGACCAAACCGUUCGUACAGAAUACAGGGGCAAAUGGUGGCUGACAACGGUUAUGAAGAUUGACUGUUCAUUAGUGCAAAUGUUCUUCGAUGCUUCUAACAGAGUCGAGUGGAUAUAUAGGGGUUCGACGCGCUUAAACCCCAUGUUCAAAGAAGAGCAGGCUGCAAGUAAUCGACUGCAGAACAAAGCGCGAAUUAUGCCGAGGAUGCAAAGGGGAACGGAUAACUCUGGCGCUUACGUAGAAUACACUAGGAAUGAUGAGCAAAAGGAUAAAGAACUUCCGUCGGAAGCUACCGUGGCUCCUGUGAAAGCCGUUGCUCGGAAGAGCACAGCUAAAGCAAUGCUCAAUGCUGUCACAAAGCCAUCGCCUUUCGUUGGCGCCGUGCCCUUCUUACCAGUAGUAAAUAAAGAGAAAGAGACUUUGUCGCCUGCUACACCACCAACUAAAGUUGUGUAUUUUACCCAGAGGAAUAUCUACAGCGAAUUUCGU